AUGCCGGACCUCUCAGCCUGGGCCCUCCCUCGGCUCAGCCAGCUGAUUCCUCUCGAUGAGGAGUCGCUGAAGCAAAUUGUUGACUAUUCGGCCUCCCUCUCAAAAGACGCUUGCGCCGAUCACCUGAAAAACCUCCUCGGCGACUCCCCCGCAGCUCUCGAAUUUAUCACCUCCUUCAAUGCGCGUCGAAACGACGGACCUCCCGCAGCCUCACCCGCUCAGAGCUAUACUUCCGCAACCACACAUACCCAAGAGCGACCGAAGGGGAAAAGCAAAAAGGAGAAGAAGCCAUUGCACAGUGCGGGUCCCCCACGUCGCCCUGAUAACUAUGGUGAUGUGGGUGGAGGCUACAUGAAGUCCCAGCAGGGAGAGGACUAUAUGUCUGCCAGCAAACCUACAGCGCAUGCAGCAGUACUGUCUGCGCCCGGAUCCUCCGCCUCUUCUCGUGCUCAUUCACCAAAGCCCCCGGCACCCUCGAAACCGCCUCCAUCAGCAUCGGGCCCCGUCCUGUCGGAUAUGCUACCAAAUGUGCGAUCAAAAACAAGCAAGCCGAGUCGGCAAGGAGGUGGUGGUGGGAGUAAUUCAGGAAGCUCUUCAAAGUCAGGUGGAUCGCUGACCACCAACAAUAUCUCGGAUCUAACGGCCGCGAUUGCUAUGCUGGAGGUCUCGACGAACCCGACUCUGGGUUCAGAGAAGCGCAAAUGCAACUGUUAUGCUACGAUUCACCCUCUAUUUGACCCGGCCCCCAACUGUGUCAAUUGCGGCAAAAUUAUCUGUUCACUGGAAGGUCUCCAGCCCUGCUCGUUCUGUGGCACACCCCUUCUCUCAGCGGAGGAGAUCCAGGGUAUGAUCAAGGAACUGCGUGUGGAGCGUGGGCAAGAGAAGAUGCGCGCUCAUAAUGAAAGUGUCCACCACGAAGGUGGCCCAAGACCAACGGGCUCUGGAACAGCCCCUCCAAGCAAGUUGGAUGCGGCAAGGGCUCACCGGGAUAAGCUGCUCCAGUUCCAGGCACAGAAUGCCCGUCGAACCAAGGUUGUCGACGAAGCUGCCGACUUUGAGACUCCAAACGUGGCGUCCACAUUAUGGAUGAGUCCCGCUCAGCGAGCGCUCGCCUUGAAAAAGCAGCAGCGUAUCCAAAGGGAAUUAGAGGAGAAGGCUCGUCCAGAAUGGGAGAAGAAGAAGACCGUGAUGAGCCUCGAUAUCAAGGGUGGCAAGGUCCGAAGAGUGUAUCAAUCCGCGGCCGUUGAAUCUACCCCAGUUGUUAAUGAGCCAGAGCCCGACGACGUCGUCGAGCCCGAAGGAACAUCAUCGAGAGGGCACGCGUUCAGUCACAAUCCCCUUCUUGCAGCGGGAGGACUGAUGCGUCCAGUCUGGCGCGCUCCCGAAGGCAAAGAGACCAACCCCGAAGAGCGGGCAGAGCGGAAACAAACGUGGCGUCGCGUGCAGGAUGACAAUGACGAUAACGAGCAGUGGAUUUUAGAUGGUGGGUUGCAUGGACAUGAUGAGACGGUUUGA